AUGAACGAAGGUUUUCUGGGAGCAAGAGGAAAUCGUCCAGAGAACGGAAAUGGUCCAACCUUUCCUCGACAAGUUGGAGCUUUAGGAACUGCAGCAAACGGGGUUUACGCAGAACGUGCAAGAGAAGAAGAUGUUCCCACUGCAAAGGAACCAGACUAUGUUAAUCUAAGACACUUGAGGCAACGUCAUUCAUCACUGACUAAUGCCAGCCAAGAACCACAAAGACAGUCUCCAGAACAAACCGUUCAGAGACAGAAUAGUGGUACAUAUGAGAACAUGUUGAGACGAGACUACAUGGGUACACGUUCUGAUGAACACAGACAACCGAGUGACAUGGACAGUCAUACUGGAAAAGAACCAUUGCCAUCUAUGGAAACUCCUGCAGUAAUGCCAAAAGGUCCUGUAGCUGUCGCUAGUGACAAUCCAAGUUACACGUUAGAGAGAGCCUAUCCAGUCAUAAAAGGAAUAAUGGAAGAAAGGGCGUCAUCUGGCUACGAUUCAGUGACAGAAUACAUUCCUGAACCAGCCAUCGCCGUCUUAAAAAGUGACAUUCGACCUGAUAAUGGACCUUGUAAUGUUUCAUCUGACGUCACACUGGUGCUACCAAAUGGUUUCCUAGUGCAUACUGCACAAUGCAAAGUUCACUGGCGAGGACAAGAGACUGGCCUAUCAUGUGUAACUCAUGGCAAAGUUGGUGUAAACAAGAGUUGUGUGUACACCUGCUCACCCAAAUGGCCUGAUCCUGAAAAAGUAACUGUACUGCUAGAAGGCGUGAAUGCAUCUGUUGAUCUACACACACUGGGAGACUUUACAUUCACCAGACUAACACCCACACGUCGAUUCCCAUUCUCCUUUCAGUGUCCCAAUGGCAGUCCUCCCGGCCGUUCUGCUGAAGAAACGCUCAAGCAAGUGUAUCAAGUGCUUAAUGACCAAUACUUUAAUCCAAGCAUGUCAGGGACAUCAAGUCAAGCAGGUGGCCACCAUCCUACCUGCUCUGAGACAAACACAAACAAUGACGAAAAUGGCUUGUCUCAGCCAUCAGGAGAAAAUGAUGCAGCACAAAAGCUUUUGCAAGUGUUGUCUUUACUUGAACCGUUCCUUCUUGAAAACUCAAGUGAUCACACAGAUGAAGAAAACGGAGACAGUCCCUCAGUUAUGUGGUACCGAUCUGUUAAUGUGGUGCCACCUAACAGAAAUCUCUCAUUAACUGACGUUGAUGUGUCGUCGGCCAACUAUGCUGUUGCCAAUGACAUCUAUCCAGCUUCUACAGGUAUUGUAGCACCAAAGCUACUCCAGAUGGAAGGUUCAAAGUUUACUACAAUGCUGGAGGAGGUUAGAGACAGAGUCAUUACUGUUGAUAAAGCAGUAGAGAAGGGAAGAACAUACACAUACAACAGGUGCGUAGACAUUCAACUGCCUGACCAUGUUGCAAAUUCAAAGAAGAAUGACAGUGCAAGUAAACAAGAUAAAAGAGCAAAAAUAGGCAUGAAAGCAGGCAGCAAAAUUGCACGUUUUUUCAAACUGAAGAAAGACAUGAAAAAGGAUGUAAAAUCAAACACAUCGUCUGAAUCUGGAUCUAUUACUGAAAAGCUACAGCAGAGACCACCACACCCACCACCAAAACCAAAAAAGCCAAGAAAACCCUCUAAAGAGCUGGAUACGGACGAGAGUACUACAUACCACGUCUCUCUGUCAUCAGGUAUCUCUAAAGAUUCCAUUGAGUCAGCAGACAAGACGCAAGUUCCGACUGUAAAAUCAGAAGCCCCCAUGAAAAGGCUCUCAUCUGUUUCCCAGAUAGAUCGCAAACAGCAACUUGUAUCUGAAGAGAGGUAUGUAGCCAUAAGGAGUGUUGACGACAGCAACCAGGAACCUAUCUACAUGAAUCAGACUGAGAUAAUAGUGAACAAACAAUCAAAUUGUAAAGAGCCUCGGAAGAGACAUUGGCAAAGUACCCCAAGUAACAACCCUUGCGUUGUUACAUUGUGUGAUAUUGAUACUGACGACGAUUUGCCCAUAAAACCACGAUCUCGAAGACAAAGCAUUGACAGUGCAUUUUUCUCUGGAACAACUGAAACUGCACAAUCACCAAGUCCUGUCUAUGAGGAACCACUACGACAGCAGCUGCCACCCAUAAAUAAUGAAAAAGGAUUUCAUCUGGCAACAGCAUGAGUCAACUCUGCUGAACCCGGAAGUGAAACAGAAUACUGAGCAAAGGCAGUGACUGUGUAGUCACGUGAUGUGGUUGCAUACCUCAUGUACUCGCUACUUGUUAAGCUACAUAAUAACAAAUCUAAUAACUAUAAUUGCGACUGCAAUAGUCAUAGAUCAAUGACAUUUGUUGUUAUCAAGAUACCGUACUUGCAAAUGUACUUUAAAAAGUUCUUGAUUGAUCAUGUUGAUUUGCUGCUAUUGUACACGAAAUUUGAAUUGAAAGAAUCGU